AUGAGCAGCACGUUCGUUACGCUAGCAGAGGUGUUGGAGGCACGAGGGGGUCCUCUGCUGGAAGAGGAGGUCUGGUCGCUGCUGCUGGGCACUGCAGAGUCUCUCGUGGAUGCGUCCUAUAGGGGUCACAACAGCAUGUGCAACAUCAUCAGCCCCUCCUCCCUGCUGCUGUCAGCCACUGGUACCUUGGCGUUUAAGAACUGUGCCCUAUCAGAUGAAGUGUCCACCUUCACUGCCCCGGAGAUGCUGCAGGGCCGUGCCAGCUCAACCAAACCUGCCACAGAGAGGAUGCUGGUGUACUCCCUGGGCAUGACUCUCUACUGGUCGGUCGAUUACCACCUACCUCAGAAUCAGUCAGUCCAGCUGAGUGACCAUCUGAACAGCCUCCUUCUGAGCAUGUGCGAGGACCUGGCCCACCGCAGGGUGAAUCUCAACUCCAUUCUGGAGGCCUGUGAGACCCAGCAAAAAGGCUCUAACCUGCCAUCCCCUUCCAAAGUCAUCCGACAACUGGUGGAGGAGGUCUUCCACAGACUGGUGGGUCUGUCUGUCUGUCUGUCUGUCUGUCUGUCUGUCUUUUUCUGUCUAUCUAACUGUUGGCCUACAUGCAAUUUUUCACAUCUGUCUCUCUGCCAGUGUAUGGACCACAGCGCUCUACCAGACAACAACGUCCCUCUGAGUGGCAGGAGCCAGAUGAUCAGAGAAAGGCUUCAUGGUAAAAGAAGGCUGCUCCCAGAUUUCAGUGAGGGAUUUGCUGCCGAAGGAAGGAGAUACUCGACGGACUCCGACUCGAAGUCAGGAAGUUUACCUCGGCGACCUUGGAGACAGAGGCCAAGGAGCUCUCCCACGCCUUUAUAUCUAGCCUCCUUAGACAGACUCCCCCGCGGCAUCCGUCACGGAGACAGCACCAGUAGUUGGCUCAGUCGGAGCCCCCAGCAUGACGUCUCCCCCAAGGCAUCGGCCAGACCCCGCAGUCCCUCUAUCACCUUCAGCGAAUCCUCGCUCAGCCUCAGCCAGAGGAAGGCCAAGGCCUUGGGUCCCGAGUUUGUCAGGAUGACGGACGAACAACAGAUUGUCCUGGAGCUCCCAGGAUCUAUUGUGUCCAAGAAGGGUCGUUCAUGCAUGUCUCAGAGGGAAGUAAACGUAGUGCUACCCAACGGACAGUGUGUCGCGGUCCGCUGUGACAUUAAGUCCAGGGCCAGGGACGUGUUCGACAUGGUGGUCGCUCAUGCAAACCUGGUGGAGCACUUCUACUUCGGCCUUGCCUUCCUAGACGAUGACGAGUACUUCUUCCUGGACAAUGAGACCAAAAUAUCGAAAGUUGCCCCUGACAGCUGGAAAAAAGUGCAAACAUCCUUUUUAGUGUUUUUACGGGUCAAAUUUUUUGUCGAUGACAUCACCUUCAUUUUGCACAGACUGACUCGACACCAGUACUACUUACAGUUGCGUAAGGAUAUCUUGGAGGACAGGCUGUACUGUAAUGAGGAGACAGGCUUGUUUCUGGCUGCUCUUGCCCUGCAGGCCGAGUUUGGGGAUUACAUGCCAGAGCUGCAUGGUAAAAAUUACUACCAGCCAGAGCAUUACGUGUCUAAGAGGAUGCUCGAGAAGAUGGCUCUGCUCAGUCUAAGGGAAGAGUUGGCAAGAUUACAUGCCGGUCAUGCCCAGAUGCUGCCCGAAGAGGCUGAAACGGAGUACUUAAAGAUUGUCCUACAGUUACCGGAGUAUGGGGUUAUGUUCCAUCGGGUGGGGAGAGAGAAGAGGUCUGUGGUGGGACAGUUGGUGUUGGGAGUCUGUGCCAAAGGAAUUAUCAUAUACGAGUUGAAGAACCACCUUCGCACCGUUACCAGACGCUUCCUCUGGCGGGAGACCGACUCCAUAUCCACCGGGUGGCGUAAGCUGACCGUAGAGUGUGGGGGGCCGAGCGGGAAGAAACACAGCUUCGUGACGGAGAGCUCCAAGAUCGCCCAGUACCUCCUCAGCCUCUGCUCCGCACAGCACAAGUUCCACAGCGAGAUGACGUCACGCCAGCUCAGCCACUCCGUGCAGCAAGAUGAGUGCAUGGAGAAAUACAUGAAUAUCUGUCGUAUUCCUAACCCCAACCUGACGCGCUUCUCGUGCUCGGAGGGCAUGUUGAACCUGGUGGGUCUGCCAUCGAGCCACCGGGACUCUAUCUCGAAGUCUUGCGAUAACCUGACUGCCAAGCUGGAGGCUCGUCUCCGCCAGCAGAGGGAGCUGAGGAGAGAGCUGAGCAGGGAACUGAACAAGAGGUCGUCCGAAUCCCAUGACUCCAAAGAUGGCAAAGAGCAACAUUCCUGGAGCACACCAGAAACCAUUCCCAGGAUGAUGUCCAGUGUCUCAUUCCAAAAACAAGACUCUGAAGCCUCUUCUUCCAUACGGGCUGACAACCCGACCAGGACCCCGCCAGAAAGAGAAAUAAUCUGUGUUACCUUAAAAAAGGACCCCAAGUUGGGCUUUGGGUUUGUCAUAGUAGGAGAGGACAACACGGGUAAACUAGACUUGGGGAUCUUCAUAGCUUCCAUUGUGCCGGAAGGGCCUGCCGAUAAAGAUGGACAAAUCAGACCAGGCGGGCGUCUCAUCUCCCUCAAUAAGACCAGUCUGGAAGGGGUGACGUUCAGUGAUGCGGCGGCCAUCUUGCAGAGCAGCCCUGACGAGGUGGAGCUCAUCGUGUCGCAGCCUAAACAGUCUCUGAGGGACAGCAAGAGUUCUCUCUCUCAGAGUAGUCUGGGGUUGGCGCUGGAGAGAGGCUUCGGGUCUCAGACCACCCUCAGUGGCACAGAGUACCGCCCUGCCAUGGAGGAGCUGGAGGAGGCCCUCACUCUGUCUAACAUGGCCACCCCCAAACAAGGCAGGAGGCUUCACAUCCCCGUGGUGCGAAUACUGGAUGCCCAGGAUGUGUGCUCCAGGUCUCCAUCUAUCUGUAGUCUAAAAGCGGGCGAGCACCUGUUGGUGGAGCUGAGGAAGACCAACGGCAGCCUUGGCAUCAGCAUCGCUGGGGGAAUAAAUACCAACGUGCACUAUGGAGGCAUCUACAUCAAGAGUCUGGUGCCAGGGGGCACCGCAGAGCAAGACGGGCGCAUUCAGAUCGGUGACAGGCUGCUGGAGGUUGAUGGGGUCGACCUGAGGGGCGUGACUCACCAACAGGCCGUGGAAUGCUUAAAGAGGACUGGCGAGGUGGUGAGCCUGCUGUUGGAGAGGGAGCCCACAGUGGUCUUGGAGGCCAGAACUGACUCACACUGCCUUCCCAUGGCCAACAGCCUGUCACAACUGCAGCCCCCGAGGACCGAGGCCUCCAUGGAAACGACCUUGAGAGACAGAGCCAAGGUCUACAGUUUUGUGACUGAUGAAAACACCCAGGAGGUGGUUCUGAAGAAGACUUUGUCCGGCCUGGGCUUCAGCUUUUACAUCUCCCAGCUCCCCUCGGAGCCGGAUGGCGUGGUGCGAAUCAAGCGCCUUUUCCAGGGACAGCCGGCGCUGGAGAGCAGGCUGCUGCGAGAAGGAGACGUCAUUCUGGCCGUCAACGGAGAGACUCUCAAAGGCCUCUCCUACCAGAAAGUUUUGUUUCUGCUGCGUGGAGCUCCAUCUGAAGUUCACCUGCUCAUCUGUAGACCAGCCUCAGGUGAACUGGGUGACCUAGAUGAUGAUACACUUAGCCCCUCGCCAAGUCGUGACUUCCGUUCACGUUCUCUGGACAUCAGACUGGAAGAGGACUACAGCCAGCUGCUAAAAGUUCAGGACAAAGACAACCUGGCUGACGAUGAACGUGUCAGAGCCCAGGAGGAGGACCCGGUCAGCGGGGAGGAGAAAAGCCCCGAGCCUCCUUCAGCUCCGGCGCCUCAGGAGAGCCAGGAGAGCCAGGACAGCGAAACGGUCAGCGACCAGUACCCCCCGUCUCCUUUCCCCUCACCUCCGUCACCCAUCUCUCCUCCGUCACCCAUCUCUCCCACCUCUCCUCUGUCACCCAUCUCUCUGCCCUCCCCGCCAUCUCCAGCCUCACCCGUCUCUGGCUCCUCACCCGGCAUGCUGCCAAACAUCUCAAAAGCAGGGGAAUGCGACGUACAAGAAGCUAGGGACAACAAAGAGGAGGAGGAGGAGGAGGAGGAGGAAGUGGAGGUUGCCCAGACAUCAGUGACACCUGUGGAGCUUUUAAACAUCUGCCCCAAGAUGGGUUUAAACCCUGUCUACGCCAGUGAAAUCAGAGAGGAGACAGAUGGGAGUCUGACCUCCUGCAUGAUGGGAAAUGGGCUGGCCAUCCUGGCAGAUGAGGAGUACCUGACCAUCAGCUCCACGUUGGAGCCUCCUCAAAACUGUGCCUCCACCACUCCCAGUACGGUUGUACCUAUGCCGGCUAACACCUCCACAGCCCCCGGCUUUAGCUCCCAAAUCCUGUUCUCAUCCUCCCACACCUCCAACAGCACCUCCGUGGCCCCCAGCUACAGCUUCCAUAGCCUCUCCUCAGACACCCUCACCACGUGCACCCUGGCACACCCAUCUCAGCCCCUCAUAACCCAGCCACCCAGAGCCCAGUCCCACCCCAUCCGCCAGACAUUGCUACCGAGUUAUCACAACCCUCUCACACAGCACAGCAGGCCUUCGGAGCCUCCGCCCCAACCUUCACCUCUUCCUCCGCCAUCUCCUCCUCCACCACCUCCUCCUACUCCCAUUAUGACCCAUGUCAUCGCCUGUGUUCCUCCCUGUCCAAACCCAACUACCCCAACCCCGCCAGCGACACAAGCAACCGCAUCAGCUCCCAGUUGCCCCCAUGAAGAACCAGAGAAGAAAGAAAAGGAAUACACGAAUGCUGAUGACAACUAUGAAGAAGAUGACGACAACGAUGAGGAAGACCCCCGAAAGGGGCAGAUGAAGGAAUAUGAGCUGUCAGUGGUUCUGACCAAAUCCAGGAAUGGAAGUUUUGGUUUUACCAUCACUCGUAGCAAGCUGGACAACUGCUACUAUAUACAGGAUAUCCUGGACAAUCCUGCCCGGACUGAUGGACGACUCAGGGCAGGGGACAGGCUCAUCAUGGUAAAUGGACAUGAUGUCACCAGUGUGGCAGAUGAUGUUGCGAUGACAAUCCUGAGGUCAUCUCCCAGGAGACUGAGUAUGACCCUAGGAAGGGCAGUCAGCAACCUGGUGGUGGCACCUUCCUGUGACAGCCUGGCCGACAUUGUGCUACACAAGACACCUUCUGGACAGCUCGGUAUAAAGCUGACAGGGGGCAUUGGAAGCAUAUGGCAGGGUAUAUAUUGCCUGGAGGUGGUGCCCGGCUCCCCCGCCAGUGAGGAGGGCAGCGUCCAACCCAACGACAAAAUUCUAUACAUCUGUGGAAGGUGCACCCUGGGUAUGACGCUGGAGGAUGCAGUCAAGGCCUGUGAGAUCGCCCCGCGUAAAGUCAAACUUAAAGUCCUCAGGGAGGAUCAGCCGGUGACUCCCAAGGCCAAGUGGAACGGUCUGUUUGACUGGAAGAAAGACAGGAAGUUCUUCACUCGUUUUGAGGACCCGCACUCUCCUGUAAAAGACUCUCCUACGGAGGACACUGAAGCUGUUUGUCGGACAACUGGAAAAUACAGACAUCUCUCCCUCGCACCAGACCAAGAUAGUUGCAUCAUGCAAGUUGAGUUUACUAAACCGGAAGGGGGAGGCCUCGGCUUUGCUCUGAUCGGAGGAACCAACGGCAGCAUGCUGCGGGUGAAGGACAUCUGCUCUGGAGGCGUGGCUGAGCAGGAUGGGCGACUGAGAGUGGGAGAUAUUCUAUUGGAGGUGAACGGUGUGAUAGUGUCUGGGCUGAGCCACAGUAAGGUGGUGGAUAUCCUCCGUAAGGCCGAGGGCAGUGUGCAGCUCACGAUCUGCAGAGACAUCCUGCCCCUGUCCUACUCCGAACCAGCUGCUGCACUCAACAUGGCCGGACAUGCGGAUGCUAUCUUAACCGACCAGCCGGCUCCCAUCUCCAACCCUGACACCCGUUCUUCAUCUGACACCCUUAUGAACAAACCAGUGGAGUGGCCUCCUGAAGCGACAGCAGACCCUUUGGCUAACGUGGAAGAUCCUCGCGUGUUCCUCACCUCAAACCCUCACGCCUCUCACCGACUCGCUGUUGUAAGAGAUGAGACAGCCGUUGAACAGGAGAGCUGUAGCAGCACCCCCUCCCAUCAAGCUUGCUGCCCAUCCCUCAAUGUCUCUGACAUGUUGCAUGGAGCCUCAGACAGGAAACAAGUUGUGACCGCGCUUUUGGACCACGCCUGCAAAGACAUCAAAAACAGACAGGCAGACGGCUGGAGCAGCGAGGAAGAAGAUAAUGAUGCCUUUGAAUCCGACAGUCACGAGACAACUUCACCUGCUACAGGACCACCUAUAGUAUCAGAGGAGGAGCUGGCCAGCCUUGCUUUGAUCAGUCCUUCUAAAUCCAGCCAGUACUCAGGCUCCAGGGUAAAAGCCCUUAUUCAGAUCCUACAGCAUCAGCUGGAUCAGCAGGAACUGGUCAAAGAGUUCAUGGGUCUGGAGCAUCUGAAGCCCUCUGACAAUUGUCUGGUUGGGAAAGCCCCGGAGAACCGAGACAAGAACCGCUACCGAGACAUCCUGCCCUACGACGAGACCCGCGUACCCGUUGGAGACAGCCGGGACUACAUCAAUGCCAGCUACAUCCGCAUGCAGGUGGGCGCUGAGGAGUUCCUCUACAUCUCCUGCCAGGGCCCUCUGCCAUCCACAGUGCCCACCUUCUGGCAGAUGGUCUGGGAGAACAAAUCUGACCUCAUAGCCAUGAUGACCCAGGAAGUGGAAAGGGGAAGGGUCAAAUGUCACAAAUACUGGCCGGACAAGAUGAGUGUGCCCCUGGACACGGGCAGGUACCAGCUCCGCCUGGAGAACCACCAGCACCUGGACUACUUCCACAUUAAAGUGAUACGUAUGGAAGAACUAGAGACUGGUGAAACCCACUUGGUCCGCCACCUGAGGUUCACACACUGGCCGGACCACGGCGUGCCACAGUGUUCAGAGCAGCUGGUACGCUUCAUCCGUUAUCUGAGGGCCGUGCACCACAAGGGACCCGUCACCGUGCACUGCAGCGCUGGCAUUGGACGCACAGGGGUUCUCAUAUGCACCGACGUCAUCCUCAGUCUCAUCGAGAAUGAUUUGCACAUAAAUGUAAGUAACAUAGUGAAGGAGAUGAGGCUUCAGAGGUACGGGAUGAUUCAAACCAAGGAACAGUACCUCUUCUGCUACAAAGUCUGGCUGGAGGUUCUACAGGGCAUUCUGCAACUACAGGGCAACAAGUGGCAACCCAACAGUCCCAGUCACCACAACAUAGUUUGA